AUGGCCGAGGUACCUAUUGGUAUGCGCAGCUUGCACAGUCUUCCGGCAGCCGUGUCACUCAUAAGCGCUAUGCAGAACUUCCCAGAGCACCAAUACCCUUCCAUAGUCGGCCGACCCAUUCUCCGAACCGAAGAACAGAAUGCAGGGGACAUCCAAUUGAAGGACAUAAUGUGCGGAGAGGAGGCGGCAGCAGCGCGCUCAAUGCUUCAAAUCACCUAUCCCAUGGAGAAUGGCAUUGUAAAACGCUGGGAUGAUAUGCAACAGCUAUGGGACUAUACAUUCUUCGAGAAGCUGAAAGUAGAUCCAACCGGCCGGAAGAUCCUCCUGACCGAGCCGCCCAUGAAUCCGCUCAAGAACCGCGAAACCAUGUGCGAGGUCAUGUUCGAACGAUACAACUUUGGCGGUGUGUACGUGGCUAUUCAGGCUGUGUUGGCUUUGUACGCGCAAGGACUAUCCUCUGGUGUCGUUGUCGAUUCAGGAGAUGGUGUCACGCAUAUUGUCCCUGUCUACGAGAGUACUGUCCUGAACCACCUCACACGCCGCCUUGAUGUGGCCGGACGAGACGUCACACGAAAUCUGAUUGCCCUUCUUCUGCGGAGAGGAUACGCACUCAACCGAACGGCCGACUUUGAGACUGUUCGCCAGAUCAAGGAGAAGCUUUGUUAUGUAUCGUACGAUCUCGAGUUGGACCAACGCCUCAGCGAAGACACCACAGUAUUGGUGGAAUCAUACACAUUGCCGGACGGUCGGGUCAUCCGAGUGGGCAGUGAGCGAUUUGAGGCUCCCGAAUGUCUGUUCCAGCCCCACCUUGUCGAUGUGGAGCAGCCUGGUAUCGCGGAAUUCCUGUUCAACACUAUUCAAGCCGCGGAUGUCGACGUUCGAAGCAGUCUAUACAAAGCCAUUGUCUUAAGUGGUGGCAGUAGCAUGUACCCCGGUUUGCCCAGCCGAUUGGAGAAGGAGUUGAAGCAGCUCUGGUUAACCAAGGUCUUGGGCGGAAAUCCAGAACGAUUGAGCAAAUUCAAGGUCCGUAUCGAAGACCCACCGCGGCGAAGGCAUAUGGUGUUCCUUGGUGGCGCUGUACUGGCGAAUAUUAUGGCCGACAAGGAGAACAUGUGGAUAUCAAAGGCAGAAUGGGAAGAACAGGGAUCGCGAGCGCUGGAGAAGCUAGGUGCAAGAUGA